UCUAGCAACUCGCCAUCAUGAAGGGUUUGACCAAGAGCGCCGGAUAUCUUGCGUUAUUAGCAGCGCUAGUCAGCAAGACCAUCGCUCUGCCAGUUCAAGAUGCGCCGCUGAGAAUCGAGUGGCGAUCCCUGUCAAGCGCCGCAAAAGCAGACUACAUCAGCGCAGUAAAGUGCUUAGAUGGGUUGCCGUCAAAGAUCGGUCUCAAGACGUCGCGAUACAACGACUUCCCCUAUGUCCAUGCGCAGCUCAACAACGAAAUUCACUUUGUCGCUCAAUUCCUCCCCUGGCAUCGGUACUUUGUACACAUCUACGAGACAGCCUUGAGAGAUGAGUGCAAGUAUACAGGCCCAAUGACCUACUGGGACUGGACCCUUGACUCUGAAGACAUGUCCAAGAGCCCCGUCUUCUCCAACGACACCACCACCGGAUUCGGAGGAAACGGCCUGAAUGGCGGUUGGGUCCCGCCGACGCGACCAAACCCCUUGACCAUGUGCGUAACUGACGGGGCUUUCGCCAACCUUACCGUGUCUUACUACACAACGACAGCGCUCUCGCAUUGUCUGAAUCGCGGCUUCAAUGACGGUAUUGGGGUGAAUGCCGGCCCUUACGAAGGCGGUUUGUACUCGCCCGAGAAGAUCUCAGGAAUCAUCGAAACCUCUAGCAACUUUUCUACAUUCGCGACUGCUCUGGAAAACGGGCCCCACGGUGCGAUUCACUCAGCCGUUGGAGGAGACCUGUUCCCUUCGACAUCUCCAAACGAUCCCUUGUUCUUCCUCCAUCAUGUGCAGAUCGACAGACUUUGGUGGCUUUGGCAGCAGGCUGAUCUCACAAGUCGGACGUUGGACUUUUCGGGACGAAGGAACCUGCCCUCGGGGGAAGCUGAUACCCGGCCAGCGUCUCUGAACGACACGCUGCCAACGCUUGGCCUGGCGGCCGAUAUCCCCAUUCAACAAGUCAUGUCAACAACGACAGACUUGCUGUAUUAUAAGUAUUAG